CGAUUGAUUGCUCAACCACCUCCUUCCUUCUCUUCAUUCUCUUCACUUUCUUCUUCUUCACACCCACCAUGUCUGCCAUGGACGUUGACACCCCCUCCUCUGCCGUGGCCAAGGACAAGAAGCCCCGCUUCGAGGUCAAGAAGUGGAACGCCGUCGCGCUCUGGGCGUGGGACAUUGUCGUCGACAACUGCGCCAUUUGCCGUAACCACAUUAUGGACCUCUGCAUCGAGUGCCAGGCCAACCAGGGUGCCGAGAGCGAGGGAUGCACCGUCGCCUGGGGUAUCUGCAACCACGCGUUCCACUUCCACUGCAUUUCUCGAUGGCUCAAGACUCGCCAGGUCUGCCCCCUCGACAACCGUCAAUGGGAGCUCCACCGCUACGGCCGGUAAUCGCCCGCCGCGGCCGGCUUCGAGCCACCACUCGUUCUCAUUCAUCCUUCAUGUGUACAACGCGAGAUGUAAUACUGCGCAUUCA